AUGUGUUCCGCUAGUUCUGAUCGUUCGGUAUCCGAUGCCGGCGAAACGUUUGAGAAUGUACCAAGUCCACUGUCUGAUGCUGGGAAUGAUGACAACCACUACGGCAGACGACUUCGGACUAGAUGCGUUCUACUAAGUCGCCCUGGCAACAAGACCAAGUUGGGACAACGAGUCAAUCGACUAGAGCGGCCAAUCAACAGAGCCUGGAGUGCUACCGGUGCUGCUGUCUACGUCACCAAGACAACAGGGUCGGACACGACCGAGGCCUUGCAGAAUGCACCUCAUAUCCAUCGGCAUGAAGCCGGUUGGCGGACAAAACAAAGGCAAGAUGGCCGAAAUGCGAGCAAAGCCCACAAUUUAGUCGUUUCCAGCGUUGCCCAGGAGAAGAAGGUUGCCAUCGGACUUGGGAAGAAUGAGGAAUAUUAG